GUUCGUCUGCUGAUGGGGUGUCCCAGUGCCGUCGCCGCCGUUGACAUCGCCGUCACGGAUCGGUUUCACAGGUGGAUUGUCCGGAUGUAGCGGUCUUCAGCUGGCGUUGUGACCCUGGGUCAUCCCGAUCUUGCACGGUCUUGUGCCUGGCCUGUCUGCUGAUAACGGCUCAACAAGUUGCUGAUGGCGGCUUGACUGCAGUUGAAGGUUCUUGCAAUCUGCCGUUGAGAGGCCCCCAUAUCGACCAUACCGAUAGCUCUGUUGCGUUCUGCUUGGUUUUCAGACACAAGCCCUGGAAUAAUACUAUAGCAGCUCAUGGCCAGAAAUCGGCUUUGUGUGGUAUGUGUACCCCUGCUUGUGUUGUGGUUGGUCUUCAUCUCUGUGCUCGUCCUACACCCUCUGAUCGACGAAUCCAAAUUGUCUCAGAUAGUUACCAGUUAUUCUGCGUCCAUUUAUAGACUUUCCAACAGCCGUCAAACUCUUGCAGACGAUCAGUCCAGGAUUUCGAUAGCUGUGGACCCAAAAGUGAAGGACAAAUCGACGAUUGCUAUCUAUCGGGAUGAGAUGUCGUGGAAGCCUGACAGCAAGGUGUGCUCGUCCAAAGAAACGUUCAGGAAGGCGACUCUCAAGAGCGCUUUGGGAAAUAUUUCUGUGAACAUUAACGAAAGCCCUGAUGGGAUUUCUGACAGAAUCGUCAAGUUCGGCUUUUUCGAGAGUGAGGUAGAAAAGCCACUAUACAAGUGUUUAGACGAGGACAAGGAUCUGGUAUUCUUAGACAUCGGUGCCAAUGUUGGAGUCUUCAGCCUGUCAGUUGCUAAAAAAGGUCACAAGGUCAUAGCGGUUGAAGUGUUGCCAGGCAACGCGGCUCGUUUGUGUAGAAGCAUCAAAGAGGCCGGAUUCGAUAACAGAAUUACCUUGAUACACAACGGACUGUCUGACAAACGGACUUUUAUGGAAAUCGUUCAUUACAAAGGCGUUGAAGGCGGAGUGUACAUCAGGGAUUCUCUGAACGCCACAAAGAACACGAUGUACUCCAUCUUUUUGGAUGACCUACUGGAGGUGUUCGACUUAAAACGCGUCGUGAUGAAGAUCGACGUAGAGAGACACGAGGCCAAGAUUCUGGAAAAGGCUGACGAAUUCUUCAAGAAAGUAGACGUCACAUGCGUUAUGAUGGAAUGGGAACGCCAUCCCAGAAACCCGGAUGCAUAUCAAAUGAUGGUCUUCAUGGCCAGACAUCAUAUGCUGGGAUUUGACCCCCAGGACUUCAGCAAGUCGCUAGAUGCUUUCACCUUCGCCAAAUGGCCCCGAAACGUCAUGUGGCGUAAGGUUCGCGACUAUGGACCGUGGACAGAAUAGAUACACAAUUAAUAGUGUGUUUGUGAGUGGGCGUACUGGAAUAUAUAUCUUUCCUAUUUUCUCAAUGCACUGAGAA